AUGACCGACGUCCGACACGCUGCUUUCGCCGCCAUCUCCAUCAUCCUCCUCCUCGGCACAAUCUACUCCGUCGCGUUCAACACAUUCCUCGACACCUCCAACGCCCUCAUAACGCACCUCCCUCACCCACUCAGCCACACCCACUACUUUGCCUCUAAAUCCAACGUCCUCAACGUCUACUUUAUCAAGAAAGUAUGGGCAUGGACCACAGCCGCUUUCCUCUUCUCCUGGUUCACUAGUCCCCCGCAAGUAAAGGCGCCCACCCGCCUGAUCAAAUAUCUCACCCUCACCUCCAUCUGGCUCGUAUUCACGGCAUGGUUCUUCGGCCCCCCGCUCCUCGACCGCGUCAUCGUAGCCUCAGGCGGACAAUGCGUCAUCCCAAUGCCAACUGGCGAUCCUAUCGUCGUCCCUAACGACUACUGCUUCGAAAAGUCAACUAUCAGCGCCUCGUCCCAUCCCCAGCUCUUCGAAUUGUGGGCACCACCACCACCAGAAUGGCGUGGGGGCGUACCGCGGCUUAGGAGGGGCCACGAUAUAUCAGGCCAUAUCUUCAUGUUAACCAUCUCUACCCUCUUCCUCGCCGAUCAGUUGCGGCCGUCGUUCAAGAUUCGUGUGUGGUCGAUGCUUCAUGGUUGGGCUGUUGCCUUCAAUGUAGCUUUGAUCGGCAUCUGGUUGCUUGCGACAUACACCACGAGUGUCUACUUCCACAGCCCUCUGGAGAAGUUUACUGGCUACUUCCUGGGCGUAGCCUGUUUCGCGUUCACACAGUUGCCCAUAUUUGACAACAGUCAACAGACAGUACCGACUCAGGAACACUCCAAUAGAUCGCGCAUAACGGUUGAUAAUUGA